CGGACAAUUUAAUGUUUUCAUAAUUUGGACUUCGUUUUCCCAUCGCUGUUUUUGUCGGUCACUGAGGUGACCACUAGUUUUGAAUUUGCACUUUUUUAUAGCUGCAACAAGUGACUCAAAUCAGUUAUUAGUGUUACGUAAUGAAUACCGAUGUAAUCGUCGGAAUUUGUGUUUUGCCACAGGGCGACAACCCCAAAAGCACCGGAACCGAGGAUGGAGAUGCGUUUCCAGUGCUCGAUCUCGAGGAGCUCUUCCAUCCUAUCAACCUAACCUCAAACGUAAAAAUGCAACUUUUGCAGUUUUUGCACAAAAAUACUCACGGAAAUUGAUAAUUUUUAAUUGGUCCAACAGAGUUAAUUAAUCAGUUGGUGUUGUUGCAAAAUUGAAAAAUCAUGAUUGAGUUUACUGAAGAUUGGUUGAUGCAUAAGAGCAUCCUAGGCGAGGGGGCUUACGGAGAAGUUAAACUGAUUGUUAACAAACACACCAAUGAGAAAGUUGCUUGUAAGAUAAUCAACUAUGGGAAACAAGAUAAUGUCCAAGUUAAUAUCAACAAAGAAGUACUCAUACAUAAAAUGUUGAAUCACGAGAACAUAAUUAAGUAUUUUGGACGAAGGAGAGAACCUCUGAGGGAAUAUAUUUACCUAGAGUAUGCCUCCAGAGGCGAACUUUUUCAAAUGAUUGAGCCUGAUAUAGGAAUGUCGUCUUCCUUGGCUCAACUCUACAUGAAACAGCUUUUAAACGGGUUACAGUAUUUGCACAACUUGGGAAUCGUUCACCGCGACAUCAAACCUGAAAAUCUCCUAAUCAAUGAUGAUGGAGUUUUGAAAAUUAGUGACUUUGGAAUGGCAACUUUGUUCAGAUGUAAAGGCAAAGAGCGGCUUUUAGAUCGACGUUGUGGCACUAAGCCUUAUUGCGCCCCCGAAAUUUUAUUAAAGCCUUACAGGGCCCAACCUGCCGAUAUUUGGAGCUGUGGAAUAGUUCUGAUAGCAAUGCUGACGGGAGAAUUGCCUUGGAGUGACACAUUUAGCGAAGAAUUCGUUAAUUAUAAGAAUGAUAGUUAUAUAACAGUCACACCUUGGAGUAAAUUGGGCAAUGCUACGCUUAGUCUAAUUAGAAAAAUCCUAGCAAUUGAUCCAAACAAAAGACUCACGAUUCAGCAGAUUCUGGAGCACUCAUGGAUGAAAUACAACUUUGAUGACCAAAAAAAUGAUGUUGUGGAUGAUUCCAAUUUGAAUCCUGUUAAACGUUUCAAUUCGAUGAUGGAGGCUGAAACUCGUAUUCAUCGCACCAAUCCUAUUGUGAUUUUGUCUCAACCGACUCCAGCAAUACGUCCGCCUUCAAUAAAUCAGCUGGUGACUGAUCUCAGGACAAAUCGUGAACUUGUAUGUUUCUCACAACCCACUCACAACGACGAUAUGCUUCUGAGUUCCCAAAUUCAAUUCAAUGAGACUCCAAUUACCAAAGAUAAUUUUAAUAAUCUAGUUAAGAGAAUGACGAGAUUUUAUGUUACCACUAAUUAUGAAAAAACUUUGGAAGUUUUGUGUUCUGUUUUAGACACUUUUCAUUAUAAUUGGCAAAUUGAUGGAACAGGAGCUAUCACUAUUUCAACUGUUGAUAUAAUGAAAAAUCAACUAAUUUUUAAGACGAACAUAAUCGAAAUACAGGGUAAAAUUCUGGUGGAUUUCCGCCUGUCAAAGGGCUGUGGUAUUGAAUUUAAAAAGAAAUUUAAAAAACUAAAAGAGUGCCUUGACGAUAUUGUUGAAAAAAAUGAAUAAUAAAUUGUAGUUCCUUGUUUGUUUUUGUACUUUUUUAUUAAAUAUUUUCUA